CCACUAACAAUCUUGACUCUUGUUCUUUUCCUUCACCACUUCUAUUCUUCCCGCCAUAUUUUUCUCUUCAUUUGUUGUUGUUGCUAUUCUUCUUCUUCUUUAAUUUAAUGCUCAAACUCGGCUCAUGCUAUUGUCUACGCGUAGCUCCAGUCUCUCUCCCUCCUCUCUCUCUCUUCAUCUCCAAACCAUUCUCCUUUACUCCCAUAACCCUCUUUCAGAACCCUAAACCAUCUCCCCCCGCCAUGUCCUCUCGCCCCUCCGCCUUCGACGCUCUCAUGUCCGGCGCACGAGCCGCAGCUGCCAAGAAGAAGACCUCCGACUCCUCUGCUUCAGAACCCAAGAAACGCAAGACUCCCGACUCAAAAUCCUCCUCGAAAUCCGAUUUUACCCUAUCGGACAAGGCCCUUCCCCCUGCUGCAGCAUCCGAAAAUGGCCAUGAUACUGAUAAUGCCGUCGGGAAACAGGAGGUGGCAGCGACCGAGGAGCCGUCCGAGGCCGCAGCUACUAAGAAAGUUUGUACAGCCGCCUCCGGUGCGAGUGUUCAGUCGAGGAAUGUGGAGUUAAAGGCUAAAUAUGCGCAAUUGAAAUCGAAGGCUGGGGAUUUCGACCCGAAAUCGAUUGCUUGUUGGAAUGAGGGAGAGAGGAUUCCGUUUUUGUUUCUCUGCUUGGCUUUCGAUUUGAUUGCGAACGAGUCGGGUCGGAUUGUGAUUACGGAUAUUGUAUGCAAUAUGUUGAGGACGGUCAUGCAUACCACGCCUGAUGAUUUGGUGCCUGUGGUUUACCUUGCGGCGAAUCGGAUUGCUCCUGCCCACGAGGGGCUCGAGCUUGGAAUUGGAGAUGCUUCGAUUAUUAAGGCGCUUGCUGAAGCUUGUGGGAGGACUGAAACGCAGGUUAAGAAGCAAUACAAGGAGUUAGGAGAUUUAGGUCUUGUUGCAAAAGCAAGCCGUUCUUCCCAGUCUAUGAUGCGCAAGCCUGAUCCAUUGACUGUUACUAAGGUUUUUGAUACAUUUCGUCUCAUUGCAAAGGAAUCUGGGAAGGAUAGUCAAGAGAAGAAAAAGAACCGUAUCAAGGCACUUCUUGUUGCUGCCACUGAUUGUGAACCUCUAUAUUUGAUCCGAUUGCUUCAGGCAAAGUUGCGAAUUGGGUUGGCUGAGCAGACACUGUUAGCUGCUUUAGGACAAGCUGCAGUAUAUAGUGAACAACAUUCUACUCCAAAAAAUAUACAAUCUGCUUUAGAGGAGGCUGUAAAGAUUGUUAAACAAGUGUACUCUGUACUUCCUGUUUAUGAUAAAAUAAUUCCUGCCCUUCUGGGUGAUGGUGUAUGGAAUCUUCCAAAGACUUGUAACUUUACUCCUGGUAUUCCAGUUGGGCCUAUGUUAGCAAAGCCAACUAAGGGGGUUUCUGAGAUAGUACAAAAGUUUCAGAACACAGAAUACACCUGUGAAUACAAGUAUGAUGGAGAACGAGCACAGAUACAUUACUUGGAGGAUGGUUCAGUUGAAAUAUAUAGUCGAAAUGCUGAACGGAAUACUGGAAAGUUUCCUGAUGUUGUUGCCGCAGUUUCAAGGUUAAGGAAGUCAUCUGUAAAAUCAUUUGUUUUGGAUUGUGAACUGGUUGCUUAUGAUCGUGAAAAACAGAAAAUACUGCCCUUCCAGAUACUCAGCACUCGAGCUCGAAAAAAUGUUGUUACGAGUGACAUCAAGGUCAAUGUUUGUAUAUUUGCGUUUGAUAUGUUAUAUCUUAAUGGGCGACCACUUAUUCAGGAAGAACUUAAAGUUCGUAGAGAGUGUCUUUACGAGUCUUUUGAAGAAGAAGCUGGUUUUUUUAAGUUCGCUACAUCAAUAACUUCAAACGAUAUUGAUGAAAUACAGAAGUUUCUUGAUGCCGCUGUUGAUGGCUGUUGCGAGGGUCUAAUUAUUAAAACAAUGAAUAAAGAUGCUACAUAUGAGCCAUCCAGGCGGUCUCUUAACUGGCUCAAAUUGAAGAAAGAUUAUUUAGAUAGUAUUGGGGAUUCACUGGAUUUGGUACCCAUAGCCGCUUUCCACGGUCGUGGAAAGCGUACAGGUGUCUAUGGUGCCUUUCUCAUUGCUUGUUAUGACACCAACAAUGAAGAGUUCCAGAGCAUUUGUAAAAUUGGCACUGGAUUUUCUGAAGCAAUGCUUGAAGAGCGCUCUGCUAGUCUCCGUUCUAAAGUUAUAGAAAGACCAAAGCCAUAUUAUCGAUAUGCGGAGACCAUUACUCCAGACGUUUGGUUUGAACCCUUUGAGGUCUGGGAGGUGAAAGCUGCAGACUUGACUAUUAGUCCUGUCCAUCGUGCUGCAAUUGGCAUAGUAGAUCCUGAUAAGGGCAUCUCACUUCGAUUCCCACGGCUUAUCCGUGUUCGAGAGGACAAGAAGCCAGAGGAAGCCUCAUCAUCUGAGCAGGUUGCUGAGAUGUACAAUUCUCAAAGUCACAAUCAGUCCAACAAUCAAGAUGAGAAUGAAGAUGAUUGAGUGACAAAGUUGUCUUCCUUAACUCGUUUAUGGGGGAAUUUUUGUGCGUGUAAAGACCGGCAAGAGCUGUAAUGCCCUAUUGAUAGCGAUACCAGUCAACAUGACUCGGAACCCCUUUUUUUCUUCAUUUAAAAAAAACAAGCAAGAAAUGAAGACGGCAUCAUUGUUUUUGGAAUAUUUUCACCUGUAAAUUGGUAACAUAUGUUAGCUGCUCAAAUCGAAAAUGAUUCACACUGAAAACUGCUUUUAUCUUUUAGAUUUGUAGUAGAGGACAAUAACAAAUAACAGACUAAAAUUUUGAUUGGACUA